GGCCAAGAAUCGAAGCCGUUGCUGAGUUUAGACUACGUACCGGACGGAUUGCCUGGCAAAACACCUUCAAAGAUUGGGAGUAUACAGUCAAGGUGCAACGAACUUAAAGCUCGAACAAAGGAGAACACUCUCCGACAUAGCCGACUGGAAGAGAAUUCAAGACCUCAAGCCGACUGGCUAAGAAUCGAAACCGACUGGCCAGGAAUCGAAGCCGUUGCUAGAAGCUCGAACAAAGGAGAAACAGUGGACAGUGGCACUCUCAACAUACCCGACUGGCCAAGAAUCGAAGCCGUUGCUGAGUCUUACCUCGAAGAAAGGAGAAACAGUGGACAGUGGCACUCUUCGAGAUACCCGACUAGCCAAGAAUCGAAGCCAUUGCUGAGUUUAGACUACGUACCGACGGAUUGCCUGGCAAAACACCUUCAAAGAUUGGGAGUAUACAGUCAAGACUACGUUGGCCAAGAAUCGAAGCCGUUGCUGAGUUUAGACUACGUACCGGACGGAUUGCCUGGCAAAACACCUUCAAAGAUUGGGAGUAUACAGUCAAGGUGCAACGAACUUAAAGCUCGAACAAAGGAGAACACUCUCCGACAUAGCCGACUGGCGAACAAAGAGAAUUCAAGACCUCAAGGUGCAACGAACUCAAAGCUCGACAAAGGAGAAACAGUGGACAGUGGCAAUCUCCGACAUACCCAUGGCCAAGAAUGGAAUCUGUUGCUGAGUUUAGACUACGUAGUUGGCCAAGAAUCGAAGCCGUUGCUGAGUUUAGACUACGUACUAGAGAAACAGUGGACAGUGGCACUCUCCGACAUACCCGACUAG